UACUCACUCUUUUUGCUUCCUUUUCUCUGUCAGUAACUAAUCCAUCCAUCCAUUUUCACGAAGAAACCCAACUCUCAACGCUCUCUCCAACAUCCGCCAUGGAUUUUUGGCAGCGAGCUCGCGUGUUCGCCGAGGAGGCAGCCAAGAAAUCGCAGGAGAUCUCGAAGGAAGCAGCCAAGAGAUCUCAAGAGCUCACCCAGGGCGCAGCCAAAUUCUCUCAGGAGUUCGUCUCCGAGACGGCCAAGAAGUCCAAGGAGCUCGCCGCUGAGGCGUCGAGGAAAGCGGAUCUGAUCAAGAUCGAGGCCUUGAAGCGCGCGGAUCAGAUCAAGAGCCUCGCCGGUGAAAUCGAGAUCCCGAUCCAGAUCCCGCCGUUGGCGCCCUCGGCGUCGCAGGGGGCGGCGGCGGAGGAGAUCCCGGCUGCGGACUUGGAGAGGUUUGGGGUUUCUGAUGAGCUGAGGGAGUUUGUUAAGGGGAUUACGAUCUGUACUUUCCGGGAUUUCCCUAUGGAAGAUGAACCUGAGAUAUCUGAGGUCCCAACAGUGUCGAAUGUGCGGCAGGAUCUUAAUGAAUGGCAAGCAAGGCAUGCUACACUUGUUCUCUCAACUGUGAAGGAAAUAUCAAAAUUUAGAUAUGAGCUGUGCCCACGAUACAUGAAAGAGCGAAAAUUCUGGCGGAUAUAUUUCAUACUUGUUAACAAUUAUGUGGCUCCUUAUGAAAAGCAGUAUAUGGAAAACCUAAAAGUGGAAUCAGUAGAAAGAACACAAAAGGAUGGGGUCAAAGAGAACUCAACUCCAGCUCCAAACCCUGCAGAAGAAACGAAAGGAGCAAUCUUGCAAAGUAGGACUUCAACUGCAGAGCAUGACUUGGAUGUGUUUCUUCUUGGAGAUAUUGGUACUGAUGAUGAGGGUCCAGAUGAUGGUGAUGAUGGUUUUGAUGAUGAUUUUGAUAAGAUUGAAAGCAACUCGGGUCUAGAAAGUGACGAUGAUGAUAGAAAGUCUAAGCACUCAAAAUAAUGCUGAGAGUGAUUCAUCCACAAAUGAUGCUAUCAGUUGGAGAAAAAAAUGCCUGCUUGACACUGGGGAAAUAUGGGUUUCAAGUUCAACCAGGACAGGAGCGGAUCAUCAUCUGGCAGACUCCCUGAGUUUUGUUAGAUUGUGUAUAUUCUGUUGAUUUGUUUACUGUCAUUAAGAUAUACUGUAAGUUAUUUAUCAUGUACAUGGAACUUCAAUUUGUUUCUUUGUCAGUCCACCGAUAAACUUUCUGUGUGCUGACCAUCUUGUUCUGUUGAUAACUGAAUGGAAUAUUUUUAUCUUCAAGUUGAUGAAUCAUGUCUUCAAAAGAAAGAUUCCGGUGUAAUGAACUUUUGGAAAAUUGUAUUUUGCGA